AAUGUUAACCUGUUGUAAACAGAGCACGGUUUCUUAUCAAAUGUGCUAACUAGUUUACCUCAGUUAUCGACGCGGUGCGGUUUAGUGUGGAGUUAUCGUUGGAUUUCCGUCGAAUACGCGUUAAAUCGAACGCGAAUUCUCAAUAUUGCGUGAUAAGGUAGUCUGUUGUACGUGUACUUGACAGAAACGCGCAGCCAUGUCGAAUACUGAUCUCAUCAAGGAGUGGAUUGAGAGGGGUCCAUUUCCAUAUUUUCCACCUACUAUGGAUGACUUCAUGAUCGAACGAUUCCUGUAUGUUUGUAACAAUGAUAUCAAAAGAACAAAAGAAGUCUUACAGUUAUUUUUCAAAUUCCGAGCAGAAACACCAGAAUUUUUUACAAAUCGUGAUCCAAUAUCAGAAAAUCUGAAAAAUAUUUUAGAUGUUGUAUAUGUUUUCCCAAUGCCGAAAAAAACCAACGAAGGAUACCAAGUAUACAUUACCCAUUUAGCAGAUUCGAACCCGGAUAAAUUCGAUUUCAUCAGUUACUCAAAAAUGUUCUUCGACGUAUCCGACGUACGAAUGAAAAUCGAAGAAAAAAUUCCUACAGGAGAUAUACCAAUUUUUGAUAUGACUGGAUUCACCCUUAAACAUCUCAUGAAGCUCAUGUUCAAUCUAGGCUCAGUGAAGAAAUAUAUGAGAAUUACACAAGAAGCACAUCCGGUAUCUUUGAAACAAAUUCAUGUUAUCAAUACGUCCCCUCUUUUAGAAAAAGUAUUAACUUUCUUACGCCCAUUGAUGAGAGAAGAAGUGAAAAAAAUGAUUCAUUUUCACACCGAAGGAUCUGACACAUUGUACCAAUUUAUUCCACGUGAUGUUAUACCCGUCGAAUUCGGAGGAAAAGGUGCCUCAAUUAAUGAAACUAAAAAUUAUUGGAAAAAACAAAUCGAAGAGAAUAGAGAUUGGAUAAACUCAAAUCCAUGGACGAAUACUAAAUACUCGGAAUCAAAAAAAUCUCAGUGUAUAACAGAAUCCCCACGACAAUCAUUCCAGUCUUUAAAUUUAGAUUAAACCUUUGACGAAGGUAAUUAUUAUAUGGUGUUAUGUACCCCUGUUAGAUUAUAAGUGAGACGCAGGUAAACGAAAGUUUAUUUUUUAAGAAGCAUUUACAGCGAAACGUUUUUACGGAAUUGAAGUCGUCUAAAAUCAAACGUCUGUAAUAAACUUUUUUUUUAUUUUCUAUAAAUGUUAUAUGAUUGUGUAUUAUAAAAAUAACGAUGUUUUUUUUUUUUUCAAAAUGGUUGUUAUUAUACUCGAGUAGUAUACCUAUUUAUGGAACCGCGUAGCAUUUCCGAUUGUUUUUUAUUAAUUUCGUUAGUAAAAUUUAUAAUUUGUUUGGAAAUAAAUAAAGAAUAUCGAAGAACGA